AUGACUGCUCAAGAGUUGACUCCGUCUUCCUUUACUGUAUCGCCAAUUCUAACGCCAGCUCCAUCACUGCAGUAUGACGCGACCAACUCAAGCCUCAACAUCCGUCAUAUGGAGUUGUUCAGCAACUUCAUGCUGGAGACAAUGCCAGGCCUCGAUAUGAAUGGUAUCGUCGAUCUCGGUCUGAUGCGUACCGUAAUGCCAGCUAUACUUUCGACUCCAUAUCUGCUGCUCCAGGUCCCUGCGCUCUCGGCUCUACAUCUGAGCCACACAAAACCCAUGCAAGGUAUCUCUUACCAUGCUGAUGCUACGUCGCUUCAGAUCGAGGCAUUAACCUCGUUCGAUGAGCAUCUUGGGAACAUCAACAGCGAAAAUUGCGAUACCAUACUGAUGUUCGCAAGCCUUCUUGGUACCCAUUCGCUUGCAGAGGCAGUCAUGACCUCGAAUAGUGAUGCGGAUGGUUUUCUCGACCGUUUCGUCACAUAUCUGAAUCUCCACCGUGGAGUUCAGACUGUCACCUCUCAAGCUUGGGCUUUGUUGUUGCAGUCCAAGAUCUCGCCCGUCUUGCAUCAUGCUAGUACUCAGUUGAGCCUCGCAGCGUCGCAUACCCCAGAACAAGCAGUUUUGGUUACGGAACAACUGAGUCGUCUGCUGGACGACGGCGAAAUGAGCCCAGAGAGCAAUACGGCAUGUCGCGAUGCUGUAUCCAGACUGAAGCUGAUGUACCAGGCUGACUACUUGGAAGUGCAAUGUCCAGAGACGAAGCAACGACCAUCCGGGCUGCUCUCGGCCUGGCCGGUCCUUUUAUCAGCGGUUUACACAGAUCUGUUACAGAAGCGUCAACCCGAAGCACUGAUCAUCCUCUGUUACUAUGCAGUGCUGCUACACCAGCGCCGUAGCGUGUGGUUCGUAGGAGAUUCGGGCCGUAUGCUGGUCGUGUCAAUCACAAAGUCGUUGGGCUCAUACUGGAGACACUGGCUCGACUGGCCCAACCAAGUCACCGGAGAUCCUCUCGUCUCAUGA